AUGCCGCCGCAUGCCGCACGUGCUAUUACCAAGAACUCGGAAAACGACCCAUACUACCCAGUAUUUCUGCAGUCGUGCGAGGAUAAUGACGCGGCCAUUGCCUUACAACUGGCACCGGAUCGCGAGCUUGGGAUGUUGACAUAUGGUCUCAACCGAGCUGUUGAACGCGGACAUCUCGCCUUAGCCAGCCAGCUGCUUGAAGUAGGUGCCAAAUGGGAUACGCGCACAGUGCAUCUUGCAUCCAGAUCCCACGAAACAGUGAAAUGGUUGAUAGAGUCUGGUUACGACGUCAACACCAGCGUAGCCCGCGGUGCUACUCUCCUCCUAUUCGUUGUUCAAGAGAACGACGAACCGAGCAUUCGACUGCUCCUCAAACUAGGAGCGAACCCCAACCUCGGGCCACCGAAGAAGAUAACAGCGCCAGCGAUGAAUAUGCGUCCCAUAUCCAACUGUGGCCACACACUCAAUAGCGCAGCCGCAAACUGUAGCUCAGAGAUAUUCGCUCUUUUGCUCGCUCAUGGUGCUGUGCUAUCCAACUCUACACCGCUCCACCGUGCAGCGGGUAGUACAAGCGACAACAGAAUUCCAAUGCUUGAGUACCUUGUCGCAGAGCUAAGCCUCGACAUCCACAGUAUGGACAGUGGACCACCUAUUCCAGACGAAUGUUGCGGACGCGAAGGCACACCACUACACUGUGCUCUCCGCCGGAAGCGAUACGAGACAGCUAAAUGGCUACUGGAGCAUGGUGCCAACCCCGACAAAGGCGACUCGUUCGGGACGCCAGCAAGAGCAUUGAUGAGGCGCCUCCCUGAUGACAACGAGCUUGUGGUUCUGCUUCGGGAGCAUCGAAAGAACACUAAGUCCAUCGCGCACUUCUGA